AGGAUAUGAAAAAGAGGCAGAAGCAGCAAAAUAGGAAGAUCACCCCUUCUUUGCUCUCCUCUCCGCUUGAUUCUAACUUCGACACAAGGGUAAAGAGGGAGCCUGAAAUAACAUACCCUGAUCCAUCUCCUCUGCCACCACCGGAGCUGCUUCAAUCAACAAAGAGUAUGUAUUUGGAGCCUCCAAAACAUACUACUGCCCGUCCAGCAACGUCCUCUAGUUUGGCAACUCAGACACCUCUCGCUAGCCUUUAUUUAGUUAGCGGUCUACCGAAAGACCCAGCUGCCUGGACUUACGCAGACGAAACCUCGAUAUCAAGUGUACAUCACUCUCCAAAUGCCGUCGGGAGAUGGUGGAGAGCUGAAGCUCUCGGGACGAGUGCUUCUCCAGGUAUCAGUAUACCCGGUGUAGACUCCACUGGCAAGAAGAAACGCGUUGGAGGUAUGCCAAAGAAUGAAGUUAACAAGGUCCUCGCGAAGGCAUUGAAGCUUUCUUUCACACAAGAAGUCGAAAUCAUCUCAUCCUCUCUUCAACCUCCUUCAACUAUGCACUCUUUUUCUUUCAGCGUGUCUACCCAGCAAAGCAACAACGGUUAUGCUGCACACUCCAUCAACUCACAGCAGUCAAAUUCAUUUAAAUCAGCAUGGGCGAACACUCAGUCAUCUAAUGGGUCAAAGAAAUACGAUUCUAAUAGCUAUUACCGCCAACCAGACCCCCUCGGACUAAAUGAUGUCCAACCAGGUGUUGAUAGGGACGGUAGAAAAACAUACCAUGGUGUAACAUUACAAGUAUGGUCACAUGCAGAUCCAACACGUGCACAAGCGAUCAGGAAAGCUUUAUCAACCCAUCCGAGAAGGUCAGAAAGUGUUUCUGUCGCAUCAACAAGUGCAAAACGCGAUAAAGUUAUGCAAAAACGUUUCGGUACUGGUAACAUGCAUGGAAAUGGUGGUGCUGAUGAAGCUUCAAGGAUAGUUGCAAGUUCAUAUAACAGUGAUAAUGAUGAGUUUGACGAAACGCUCGAUGAAAUUGCAACAAUUGGUGGUACAACUGAUAUACUUAGUGAUGUUAAUGAUGUUUUACCAAAUCAACUCAAUGCCGGUCUCGCACAUGAGGAUGCACCUCUUACUGGUGAAGUUCCGGAAGAAACGCUCUUCUGGUUACCAUAUUGUUUGACAUUAGUAUCAACUCAUCCAAUUUAUGAUAUCUUGGCUGAUUACUUAUCAAUCAGUUGGGCAAUUUUCUCGAGAGAUAUCUCCUCUCAUAGUGCACAGAUGAAGAGAUUGCUCGAGAUGCCAGCACCUAAGCAUGGUGACAUUAUAAAGCUCCCAGCAGCUGGUCCAACUCACAAACAUCGUCGUGUUACAGAUGAAAAAGAUGGUAAAAAGCGCAAAGAAAAGAAAAAAAAGAAUGAGUCUUCUUUGACAAUUAUAGCCCGUAUGCCUGGUGCUAUAAACUUUGGACAGAAUCUUGUUGAGACCAACUUCUCAAUGUGGCCAUUCUUCAAGGCAUUAUCUAUUGACAACAUCCUUACUAUCUGUGAAAUUGCUCUCGCGCCAACAGGUCGUGUCUUGUUUUUAUCAAGACAUCCACAGAUGUUAGGUGUUGCUUGUCUUACACUCCAAUAUAUGGUUGAAAGCCGUGGAUGGGCUGGCCAAGUACAUCAAAUAGUCCACGCUAGAGAUUAUUCAAUUCUGCUUGAAGAUCCUGGACAAUCAAUUAUUGGUGCACGUACAGAGGUGCGCUACUCACUUAAACCACCUGCGGAGGUUUGCGUUGUUGAUCUCGACAUCAACUUUGUACAAUGUAUCAACCCACCUAUUGGCUACGUCUCUACUGGUAAUCAAAGAGAAAAGCUACGUCGUAAAUUAAUUGCGUCAUUCGGUACAUUUAGACCAGACGAGUCAGUUCCAUCAGAAUUCAAGGAGGCUUUCCCAUCUGGAAGAUUCAUGCCAAUGUGUCACAUUGAGUCUAAAGGCAAAGUACCCAACACUAUUGAAAAAGUUCAAGCACCAUAUUGGUGGGAUCCACAAUCUAUUCUUGGCGCAUUUGAUAGUGUCCUAGCCACUAGAACUAAACGUCCAUUCAGUAUAAUGAAUUUACUCAGCAGAUCCGACAAACGAAAAUUACCACCUUUGAGCCAAUCUGAACAGAAGACUCAGCAGGCUAUACGUACACGUGCCGCUCAAUUUGUCGAUAGUAGAGACGAACUUGAAACUAAGAUUGGAAAAUUGAACAAAAGACUUGGAUUUUUGGUUAGUAAAUCUGAGCAAUGGAAAUCACGUUUCGAGCAAUUCGAGAGCUAUGCCGAGAGACUUUCCGCAGAAGCCUCUGAAUUGCGUGGUAAAAUCGACAGGGAGAGAAAGGAGUCUAAGAGGUUGUCCGGGAUGGUCAUCCAGCAGACAAAAGCACGUGAUAGCUUGGUCAAUCAGCUCCGUCAAACUGAGUUCCUCAGAGCUGGUGCACUUGCUGAGUUGGAUGUCAUGCAAACUCAAUUGCGUAAGUUGGAGAGCGAAAGAGAUGAAAUGGUUUCCCAUAUCACUACACACAUCUCUGAUGCAAUCGUUCAGCUUGAUAUCGCUAAUGUAAAAACGCAAUCACGGUCGAAUAGCCCAUGGACUGACAGCGAUAGAAGAUACUCACAUCAGAAAUCAAACUCGGUCGAGUCGACUAUUCCAGAAGAGGAUGACUAUGUUGAGAAACUAUCUAAUGAGGAUGAUCACGCUAGGGCGUUAUCACCUAAUGGUCAAGCAACUUCCAUAGAUGGUGUCUCGGAUAUCGAGAAUAGCAAGUCUACUUAUGAAGUCCAAAAGACUAUGUCGAUGAUACAGGAUAAACUGGAGAAAGCACUCAGUGAUCUUGAGGCAUCGAAGAGACAAUCUAUGACUGAAGAAACUGCAGAACCUAUCCAGGAGGACAUCAAGAAAACUGAGAUUAUACAGAAAGAUUUGAGGAACAUUCAACGUUCGCAGCAGUUCAUUCGUCAGUCCCAGCUUUUGCAACUCGCCAAAGAUCAGGAAGAUCAUCUCGCGGGUUUACAAACGAGAGGAACAAAGACAAUGAAAGAGAAUUUACCAAAUGGUGAAGUCCCAUCAACUACCUAUGCUCGUAACUCUAAGCGUCGCUCUGUACAUGCUCCAGCACGACUUAGUCUGCCUCCACGUAACUAUCAUGAAUUUGGUGAUGAUGAGCAGAAAGAGUUUUUAUUCGACAAUGCCACCGCCAAAGACCAAGCUGCUGAAGAGUAUCUUAAACAAAAGAAUCAAAAGAAAGAGUUCCGUAAGAGUCUCGCCCGUUUGUCAUCUCAGCAACCAGGUAGACCUGCCUCAAGUCUGAGUGAGGAUGAGAAAUACAUGUCUAGUGUCGAAUCACCAGAGAUGCUUGACAAGAAGGAGUUAGCUGCUGCACCUACCAGAUCCAACAACCCUGAGAGGAAGGAACAUAAGAAUAUUACAACGCUUAGGGAUGGUGAAAAGUCUGAAGAGGAGCAAGUAAGAAAUCGUUCAGAAGCUUUGGCGUUCUUGGAAGGAAGCCAAAACUAAUGGAUGGUAAGGAAGGAAAAGGAAAGAAAAACUAAUGGAACAAUUUAUAAGCUCGGGAUGAGCUACUAGUCUUUUUAAGACAUUACACUCAUUUAUUGGAUCACACGUUCGUUUUAUAUAAUACUUCACUUAUUAAUUGAUAGUUUUGUAAAUACAUAAUAUUAUUGUUUUCAGAUUAUUGCAAC